GCUCCAAAGUUAAAAUAAUUGUGCAUUCUGUCUUUAACACAGUUUACCACCAUGUAUAAAGCAUAACCUUGGUAGUGGGGUUCAAUGGAAUUAUUUUUGGCCUACUUAUCUUUAUAAAAAAAAAAAAAAAAGAUAUGCCCUAAGACUUUUUAAACAUUGUGCAAUGAUGUAAGGACUGUAUGUGAAACAGCAUAUGGCUACUUUCUGUUACUUGCUGCACUUUUUCAAAUGUAAUGUUUGAUGUGCUCAGUGGUAAUUCUGUUUUCUAGUGUGAGGAGUCUGUGCUUAUUGCACUAUUUGUUAGUACUUUUCAGAGGCUUGGUUUUGGUUUAGAGAAAAGGAUUUCAUGGUAAAUUUGGUGAUGGUUCAGCUCACAAGGCAGGAAAAUAUUCAGUAUUCCCUUCUUCUUGGACCUUCAGAUGAACUGAAGGAUGACUACCUAAGCACUGAAUUUGAGGAUGAACAGUGGAUAGCUUUUCACUGUCAUAGAAGCAGAGCAGCAUAUGGUCAAAACCAUGAGAAAUUAGUAGCCCAGAGGAAGCUGCUGAUCACAUGCAUUAUCUGUUUGGUCUUCAUGAUCGGAGAACUCAUUGGUGGCUAUUUUGCUCAUAGUCUUGCUGUAAUGACUGAUGCAGCCCAUCUUCUCACAGACUUUGGCAGCAUUUUGCUUAGCCUCUUUUCACUGUGGAUCUCUAAAAAACCUGCUUCCAAAAGCUUGACUUAUGGCUGGCAUCGUUCAGAGAUUUUGGGUGGCCUUUUCUCAGUGCUGUCCAUUUGGGUUGUGACUGUUGUACUGCUGUUCAUUGCCAUCCAAAGGAUCAUCAGUAAUGACUAUGAAAUACAUAGCAAGAUCAUGCUCAUCAUCUCUGGCUGUGCUGUGGUGGUAAAUAUCUUAAUGGCAUUUAUUCUACACCAGUCUCCAGUGUCUCAUGGUCACAGCCAUGAUCACAGUAAUACGAGUGUGAGGGCAGCUUUCAUCCAUGUGCUGGGAGACCUACUACAGAGUCUGGGUGUUCUACUAGCUGCCAUGAUCAUUUACUUUUGGCCUGAAUGGAAAAUAGCAGAUCCUAUUUGUACAUUUUUGUUUUCCAUACUUGUUCUUGCAACAACAUCUACAAUUCUGAAAGACAUUUUCAGAGUGCUCAUGGAAGGAACACCACCCUGUAUAGAAUAUGACUCCGUGAAAGACACCCUACUAUCGGUCAGAGGAGUCAAAGCCACACACAGUCUUCACAUUUGGGCACUGACCAUGAGUCAGCAUCACAUGUCUGUCCAUGCUCUCAUAGAUGAACAAACCGAUCCACAUACUGCACUUAUGGAUAUGACAAAGCUGCUCCAGACUGAAUUCAGCUUCCACAACAUCACCAUUCAGAUAGAGACAUAUUCUGAGGAAAUAGCUGACUGCCAUGAGUGCCAGGACACAGUGGACUGAGUUAUUGCAGGAGAAUGUCCUCAAAAACACAGCUUUCCUCAACACUUUCAUGAAUGUCAAACACUGUGUUUAUGUUUAGUAGACCACUGUCUGGCAUUUAUUUAUUUAUUUUUAAAUACAGUCAUGGAUUUUGAGGGGAACUGUUCUCUCUACACUGCGUAUGGCAGAUCAGUAUAUAGAAGCACCCAUUCAACGUUGUUUUUGGCUGUUGAG